CAAAUGUUCCUGUCUCAGUACGCACGUCGUAUGUGUUUAGUUUCUCCGUUACGACUUCUUGCAAAACGAGGUUCUUGUUCAAAAUUAUUCGUCGGAGAUAAUCUGUAUGCUGUAGAAACAGAAGAUGUAUUAUGUUUCUACUCGUUAUGUAAAGUGCACUCUAACUGUUCGAUUAAAUGCGUGUAAGAAACACUGAAUGUGUAGACACCACUGCAGGGCUUAGCUACGACACUAAUGAACCUGUCUUGAAGAAUGAGUUUGAAAAGUACGGUGAAGUUUUACAUGUGAGAGUAAUAUGCGAUCACAGGAGCGGGAAAUCAAAAGGUUAUGGAUUUGUGGUGUUGGAUUCAGAAGAAGCAGCUGCAACUGCCUUAGCUUCCAUGAACAAUCAGUUACUCGAAGGCAGACACAUUAGAGUCGAAUAUGCUCAACCUAACAAAGGUUUACAUCAGAAUCAGACUUGAUUUUCGACUUCUAAAUUCAACUGAAACUUCAGAUCCGUAGGUGAAGCACCAAAACUCAAGAAACUGCAUUCACUCUUUCGAAUUGUAAUAGUGUAGAACUCAAAAGGUGAUUUUGGUGAAGAGUCUUUAAGUGGUUUUGUAAUGACUCCUGUGUUUUCUCUUCAAGCUUUGUUACUGUUCGCAUUUGUCUGGUGCUUCUUCUACUUCCUUGGCAGGAGUCUCUACAAGUAUCAAUUGGCCAUUAACAAUCUAAAAACAAAUAAUCAAAUCACAGA